AUGGGUUGUUGUAGCCAUUUUUAAGUUUUUCACACAUCAUUUUUAAGAAAAGGUAAUUUAUUAUGUAGUAAAUGAAAAGAUAAGAGUAAUGUUAUUUGAUCUCGAAUUUUGAAGGUUCAAUAAUGGAAGAAUGCAAGGAUCCUGUAAAAAAAGCCAACUGUUUUGGAAAAUACAAUAAAUAUAUGCGCUGAUAGAUAAAUUUGAUAAAUAUUUAGUAAUUAUAAAGCGAUUACUAUAAAAAUAAGUGAUGAAGAAAUUGCAAUAAUUAAUUUAUAUUUAUUUAUUAUACUAUUAGGCUGAUUGGCAAUCUGCUAUGAGAGGAUACAAAAACCCAUUAUUGAUUAUCAUGCCACUCUACAUUAUUUAAGCAAUAUUGUUUGUUAUUUCUAGUAUGCAAUUUAUUAUGCAAUCCUAUUUUGAGCUUGCUGCUUAAAUUUACUUAGUUUUGAUAGAAUUAAGAUUUUUAUAUGUACUUUUUACUCUGUUUUGCUGUUUUAAAACACCCACUACUUUAUUCUCUGCUGUUUAGAAAAAUUCAAAAAGUAUCAUUUUUCCUUUUUUUUCAUACCAAAACUACAGUCAUUUUUAUAGGUUUUAAAAGGGGAUUAUAAAAAAAUACAGUGUGCUUUAUUUAACCCCGUUGUUGUGUGGCUGUUGUGCACAUCAAGAUUACUAUGAUGAAAUCAAAGAACUCGACGAAGAUCUUGUUGACCUCAAAUCAAUCCCCAAAGCAGCCACUUCAAGCAUUCCCACGCCUUCACCCCCUUCUAGUGAUGACAUUAUUCGAGACUAUCUUUCAGGGUUUUAUCAAUCCAUGCACACCGAGCAAAAAUCCUUUUCCGCCUUUAUCCAUUCUUUUAUCGAAUACCUAGGAAACGCAGGACAAUAUAUUCAUGAAAUUGGGAUAAAUACCAAAAUCAACCAAAUGAGGGAUUCUCAAGGCACAGAUAAGAUGAAAAAAUACAUGGAGUUAAGAAUGGAAGAAACUGAUAUGGAAAAACGGUUAAUUGAGCAGCUUGUGCAGGUUGCUGAAAGAUUGCAUGAAAUUGACAAUGAAAAGGCAGAACAAUUAAAAGACGAGUUCAACUUACUUUUUACCCUUGUGGAUGAGACCAAUCCAUUGAAAUCUCAAAUUGAGGUAUUAAAAGCUAAAGAAGAUGAGUAUUUAUCACAAAAAGGAAUGAAUUUAGCACAGACUGCUCUGAGGUUUGUGAAUCGAAUUAAAUUAGAAAGAGAAUUAACAUCAAUUAAAAUUCAACUUGUGGAAAAAAGUCAAGGGACUGGUGUUGAUUUGAAUAAAUUAAGGGAAAUUGAAGAAGUCGUGGAAAAAGCUUUUAAGCUGAGUAUAAAUAAUCUUCAAAAGGUAUCUGAAGAAAUCACUGGAAAAGAGUACGAUAAAUUAGAGGGAAUUAGAAAAAAGAUUUCAGAAACAUAUGGAUUUAAUGCUGAAGGUAUAAUGGAGUCAAUUAAGCAUAAAACUGAAGCUAUUUUUAAAAUGCAAGCAGAGGUAAGCAAUUAUUUGAAUGAAAAUUCGGUUGAAAAUAAAAUUAAAUCGUUAGAAAGAAAAGUGAAAGAGAUUGUUGAAAAUUUGGAAAAUAAAAGAAGAGUGUAUCUGCCUGUUGUCCAAAAAGCUUUUGGAAUUAAUGAAAAAUACAGCCCUUUAAGUUUUAAUGAAGAAGAGCUCAAGUAUAAUAGAGGAGGAUAUAAAUCGGUUUCUGAUUUGCAUAUAAAAAUAACUGAGUUAUUGGUAGCAGUUUCUGAUCAAGAUAAUUAUUUGGUUAAAACUGUCGAAGGAAUCAAUGAAUUUCAUGAUAAAUUUUCUAAUGUUGAUGCUCAGCUCCAGGAUUUAAUAAAGCAAGAGAUAAGGGAUUUAUCCAAUACGUUUAAGUUUGCCUUUAUUAGACUUAUAGGGAAGUCCACUGUAAUCCUGAAGGACUAUUCUCACCCUUAAUGUCCACUUUGCCCUGCUCGCCAUUCAUAACGACCUUGUGAAGAGUUCUACUGCUGGACAAGGGCACUUGCUCCCAGUAGUUGGAUGAGUUGUGUCAUCUGUCGUAAGUCACCAACCAUGGAAAAUUCAGAAUGUCGAAUUUUCUGUUCGGCUCUCAACCAAGAUUGAAAUCUGAAGCCCAGGAGCACUUCUGAUUUCACUUGGGGAAACAACCCGAUUGGGUUGAAUGAAUAACACCACUGGAAAAUCUUCUCCAACUCUCUCGGCUCCAUUCCCCUAUGAGGCAAAAACUUGGCAUUUGAGUAGUCGCUAGCCCGACAUUGCGCUCUGCCAAGCCAAGAAAAAUCUGGCCGGGUACACAUUCCCGAGAGCCAUCAUCCCUUCCUCAAUUCACUACGCACCCUAUGAAAUAUCAGCUACAGAAGUCAAGAGGGUGGGUUAGUUCGCCACGCCAUUUUAAUGUAUAUUGGCUUAUCCAAUACAAUUUCACUAGAAAAUUCUGAGCUACGAGAAAAUUUGGAACGAAUUAAAACACUAGCCAGUGAGCUGGAAAUUGACCCUUCUAUGAAUAUCAUUCAAUACACAUUACAAAUAUCUGAAAGAAUGAAAAUCAUGGACGAUAUUGAUACAUUAAGAAAACACGCCAGAGACAUCUAUAGCAGAGAUAGCAUUAAAUUAAAGAGCUCAUUCAACGAAAUGCUUAUCUACCUCUAAUAAGAAAAACUAUUGAAAAGCAAAUAUUUGAAAAUAAAAACUAUAUAUAUAAUAUUUUUAUUAUAAUUAAUGAAAUUUCUAGCUAAUUCUCUCCAAUUUUAAAGCUUUGAAUUUUCAACUUAAAUUUUAUAGAUUAAAUUAAUCUACUUUCAAUUUUUGAAUUUUUAAGGUUAUAUAUAUAAAUUAACUUCCUCUGCAGACUCACGGAGGGGGAGUCAACGAAAUGGAGUCCAAAAAAUCAUUAGCUGAAGCAGAACAGGAGCAGCUCCAAACCAAGAUAAAAGCGUUAGAACACAGUGCAGAAAAAGAUAAAGAAUUAAUUAACAAGUACACCCAGAUGAACUCUGAUCAAGAGCUAGAAAUCACAAAACUAAAAAAUUCUUUAUCUACUCUCACUGUUGAAAAUCAAGAAUUCACUGACAAAAUAUCCAGUCUCGAAGAAGAAAAUGAGUCUUUAGAAAAAAAUGAAAAAAAAAUGAAGAAAAAUCUGAGAGAAAAAGAAAACGAAGUUAGAGAAGCUAGCGAGAAAAUAGCAGUUUUGGAAGAGGAGGUUGGAAAAUUAAAAGUAGAAAUACACAGUCUGAAAGAAGCUUUGGACAAAAAAGAAAGCGAAGUUGAGGUUAUAGAAUAA